AUGUCCUCCAACUUAACUGAAGAACAAAUUGCCGAGUUUAAGGAAGCCUUUGCUCUUUUUGACAAGGAUAAUAAUGGUUAUAUUUCCUCUAGUGAAUUAGCUACUGUAAUGAGAUCUUUAGGGCUUUCACCAAGUGAAGCUGAAGUAGCUGACUUAAUGAACGAAAUUGAUGUAGAUGGUAACCAUAAAAUUGAGUUUAGUGAAUUUUUAGCCCUUAUGUCCCGUCAGUUAAAAUCAACUGAUUCCGAACAAGAAUUACUCGAAGCCUUCAAAGUUUUUGAUAAAAAUGGGGAUGGUUUAAUUUCAGCUGCCGAAUUAAAACACGUAUUAACAUCAAUUGGUGAAAAAUUAACUGAUGCUGAGGUUGAUGACAUGUUAAAAGAAGUCAGUGACGGUUCAGGAGAGAUUGACAUUCAACAAUUUGCAGCUUUAUUAUCUAAAUAA